UUCAUCAGUGCAGCUGUCAAGGGGCAGUCAGUGACAUAAGUAUUAAUCAAACAGACAGGAUGAGUGAAACAGGAGUAGCUGGGUACGCGCCAGUUAAAACACCGACGCUAAAUACUGACAGAAACAAACCGCUACAUGAACUGAGUUAUAAAGAGCUCCAAAACAUGUGCAUGGGUUUCAACUUGCCAGCAAAUUUGAAGCAUUCCCAGAUGCUGAUCAUGCUGCAGGCACGCAGUGCUGGUGACGAAACAACUGUGCACAGGAUCCUCACCGACUAUCGCGAACAGCGAUGUCGUCGACGCCCCAGAAACGAUGUCCCCCCUGCAACGCACCCCGGUAAGACGGAACAUAAAGCAAAACGUCGUCGGUCCCUAACGGAAAAUCGUCAUGAAGAUUACCGCUGCACCUCCCCUCAGACAGGAAGCGGCCACUUGUGGACAUCGCAGCUCCCACCGGAAUCCAGAGCCCAGACUGGUGACGGGGGAGAACGGGAAGACUCCGGGAAACACCUGAAGGCUGACGGCACAAGCGGACUGGAAACAAUGAAACUGGUGAUGGAAGCUACUGCUACACGGCGGGACGUGUCAGCACCUGAGCUCUCCCUCCACCGCACCCACCCCUUGCUGCUCACCAUGCUCCAGGAGAGACCCGGGCCUAGUACCACGGAGACUCUGUGCUCGCCUCUGGCCUGCGUGAUGAAUAUCAGUUUUCCUCAGAACUUCUGUGGAAAGCACCAAACACGGCCGCCCAUGUACACGGAUUCAUAUCUUCCAGCCGCCACCCCUACACCACAAGGAGGUCUACUAAAGUCACUUCUCACUGAUCCUGGAGUGGAUUCCUCGCGUCUUCAUGAACUCAAUCAGCCCAGCAGCUAUGAACCAGUGGAACAGGCUGAAGAUCUGUCAAUGGGACGUCGAACAGUGACACAAUCACCCAUCUUUCCACCAUCUUGUCAGUUCCAGACACCUCAGCUGUUCUGUCCUGAACGUGUUAGUUCACAGUUCAACCACUGUGGCACAUCUGAGAACAGUUCCUCCCUUAUAUUAUCCGACGUCAUUCCACGUGAUCAAGGCAAAGAGACCGAAGUCGUGACCAAGCACUUGGACAAGGACCUGCCGGCCUGUCUGGAGCUCGUGCUCAACAUGAAGAGUGGUUUCUUCAGUACAGGAACAGCCAUGCCCAAGUUCUUGAAAGCGGCGACUACAAGCACAUAUCAGUGUUACAUCGCUCCAGUCUGCUCAAAUUCAACGUGUUGCAGUAUGACAGGUCUGCCAGAGGGGGCAGGAGAGACUUUCGAGAAGGAGAGACAAGUGACUGAGCCAGAUCUGCCUGGAGCAUCUGAUGACCCCUGGUGGUGCCCACAACAAGUGCCCAGCUUCCCAGAAUUCCGCCACAACAACCAGCUCUCAUAUCCUCUCAUAUACAGCUACGUGGCUUCCACUGAGGAGCAACUCCGGCAACAAAAUGAAGAGCGUCGCGGGAACGUGAACGUGGACUGGGUCCCAAAUGUUCAGCACCGACCCCAGGCAAUGAGUUCUCCGAACGAAACGUCACAGAUCAUAGACAGUGGCAACUUUCUUCCCACAAUAUCCGAGCAUCCCCAGCUGGACGACGCCGUGCUGGAUAUAAUUAACGGACAGCAAAAUCUGCAUCUGUCGGAUCUGGGGAGCUGUCGCUACCAGAUAAACGGGUGCAAAAAAGCCGGGCUCAAACAGGCCGAUCUGCAGCGGCACGAGAAUUUGUGUGUAUUCCAGACUGCGGAGUGUUACAACCGAUGCGCCUGGAGGGGCCACCUCAAACACCUUGUCACUCACCUGCGUCAGGCGCACAAACAUGAGAUCUUCCGUAAGGCAGAAGCGAGUCACACGAUCCCACUUCAUGAAGUGAGAGCUCUUCAGAAGAUUUCCUUCUUACGGGAGGUGAAACGGAGACUGUUUGUCAUCACAGUUUACUGCCAUGGACACUUGCUGUACGCAACAGUACAGUCUGUGCCGUCCGGGAAGCCUGAUACGGUCUCACUAGUUAAGGCAUCCUUGGAGGUAGUGGGCCAUGACGGACGUCCUCACGCCUGGCGAGGCAAAGUGCGACCUGUAUACGAGACCCUAUCAACCCUGUGGGCAACUGAUCAGUGUCUGACCAUGGACCCCGCGGCUAUAGGGGCUUUCGCUGGGGCCCACAUUAUCCUGCACACCAAGAUCACGGUAUAUGUUCCUGGCUCCAAGAAGUAGCUCUGAACCUUCCCUGUGUUCAUGUACUGUGAGAAUCUUACGUCCACUUCAGUACUUACUACUGAACUUUAUACUGUACUUGACGAAUUUUUUGUUUCCUAUGAAGUCUUAUUCAAAUGAUGGUAUGAGGGCCUCACAAAGUGAGUGAAAUUAAGACCAUGAAAGAUUUAUGGUCUUCUCGGAUCUGACGCCAUGGAUUUACACAGAUCGAUGGCAGCGUUUUGCAGCUAAACUGUUGCCUCCAUCUUCAUGGUAUACAAAGAGGAGCAGCAGUUUUUUUUUUCUGAAACAUCGGUACAUAUGUUCCAAACUACACAGUGUCACACAUCAAGAUACCAAAUGUUAUUCAUAAUGAAGCACUAAAUGUUAUUUCUCUAAAGGAUUUUGUCAUGGAAAUCAAGAUUAUGAAAGUAACAAUCAUUUCUUUAUUUGAAAAGCGGAAAGGCUAGUUAAUCAUUUAAUUUUUGUGACAUGUAAAGUCUAAUGGUGUUGCUGUUAUGACUGCAAA